AUGCAUAGUGGAUAUGCUUUCGCUUCACCAAUUGUAUCUUUACGUCUCUCAAUUGAAAUCAAAAACCCAUUUUCAAAGCUUCGAGCUUUAUCAGCUCAAUUACCUAAAACCCAGAUUCAGAUCAACUCUUCCGAUAAAUCUCCGGCGAUUAAGGUUUCGUUACCGUCUCAUGUGAAUUCCAUUACCAGUACUUCAAACCCUUUUGUUAAACACUGCUUAAAGCUCCGUCAAAGCUCUUCUUAUCGCCACGCUCAUGGCUCUGUUCUUGUCGUUGGAGCAAUCCCAAUUAGGGAAGUAUGUAUGUUCCAAGAGAAUAAGAGAGGAAUCAAAACUGAGAUUGAAUGUUUACUUGUUCUAGAGAAAGCUCAGAUUCCACAAGGAUUAGAGAGUCUAAGUAUCCGUAUUGUUAUAGUUAGUUCUUUAGUGAUGAAGAAACUCUCUGGAGUGCAAUCUACUGAAUCUGUUGAAGCCAUUGCCUUGAUGAGAAUCCCUAAUAGCUUCAUUGAUCUUAAAGAUGAGGAAUACAUUACAACAGAUUGCAAGAAAUGGUUCCCUUAUGCUCAUCGAGUUCUUGUUUUAGACAGAAUUCAGGACCCGGGGAACCUUGGCACGUUAAUCAGAUCAGCUAUGGCUUUUAAUUGGGAUGGUGCGUUUCUGCUUCCGGGUUGUUGCGAUCCAUUCAACGACAAAGCUCUUCGAGCUAGUCGUGGUGCUUCGUUUCAACUCCCUAUAGUUUCCGGCAGUUGGAACCGCCUUCAGCUUCUAGAGCAUGAGUUUCAAAUGAAGCUAUUAGCUGGUCAUCCAGCAACUACUACUCAGAAACCGAAACCCGUUUCCAAACUUUCCUUCGAGUUUGCUCAAUCUUUAGAAGAGAAGCCCUUAUGUUUGAUCUUAGGGAGCGAAGGGCACGGUUUGUCUGAGCAGUCACGUAAAGUAUGCGAGCUCGUGAGCAUUCCUAUGGCAGGUGAGUUUGAAUCUCUUAACGUCUCUGUUGCUGGUGGUAUUUUCUUGUUCAUGCUUCAAUCUUGUUCCGGGUUUUAA